GAUAACUUUGCCAAGUAAAUAGUGUCUACGCGAAUUGUGGUGAGUAGACCGACACAUUCAAUUUCAUAUUCUUUUCUAAUUAAAAAUAAUCAUUUUACUACUUAUAUACGAUUUAAAUUUGAUUAUUAAUAUAUUUUAAAAUAGAUUUCGGGGUACCAGCUUUUUAUAUAAUUUAUAGGCCUAGUAAGUAGUGAAAAUUCUAUUUUAAAUUUACUUAUUCUUGUCUUAUUACUUAUUACUCUUAUUUAAGAUUAUUUGGAAGCCACUUGAGUUUUGACUUGACUUGACACUUGACUUAUUUCAUUAUUAGCCUACUUAAAAAUAUAUUACCUAAUUAUAAAAAUUGAUUAAAAAUUCAGGUCAAUAAAUUGAAACUUGAAACUCAACUCUUAAAAGUUAAAUGUUAUUUAAAUUUAAUUUAAAACUUGUGCGUUUACUUUUCCUUUUACUUUUGUCAUAUUUUAGGCCUUAGACAAUAAUAGUAAUAGUUGACAAUACUUUCAAUACUAACUAUGACAUACUCAAUAAAAAUUAUUUAAAAAUUAGUCUGUUUAAUUAAUUAACUUAAGUUUAAGAACUAAGACGAAGAGACUUAAUGACUUAAGUGUCUUAAGGCUUCUCACUUCUCAGUCUUCUCACUUCUCAGUCUUAUCGAAUUGAUUAAAUUUAAAUGUUUAUACUUGUAUGCUCCACAUUGCUGCAUACUAAUGCUGCAUAGAGUCAAAAAUUUUUUAAAUAUCUAAAUAGUUGGUAAAUUUGGAGAGAUAGCACCAGGUUUUUUUUCCAUGGCCGCCAUGCGCCAUCUUGGUUGCCGCAACCCGCGAACUUUUACAUGUUCACAGGUUGCGGCAAUCAAGAUAGCGGCAGUGGAAAAAUAAAAUAACUCAUGUUUGCUAAAAUUAGGACAGAAACAUUAAAAAUUAAUGAAAAAAAUGUCAUAAAUGUAUCCCUAAAACUAACCUGAACCCUAAGUCCCUUAUGGAACAGGGUUUUGACCCUAUCGGAACCAGGGUUUUAACCAUAUCGGAACCAGUGUAUUGACCCUGAAAGCGAGGAAAAUGAAGGAAAAAAAAAAAAAAAAAUUGCCAAGUAUAAUUAUAAAAUAAAGAAAUAAAAAAACCCAACUAAAAGUUUCAUGGAAUACACUUUUACACACUUUAUUAAACCUGAACCCGAAGGACCUUAUGGAAAAGGGUUUUGAACCGAACGGAACCAGGGUUUUAACCAUAACGGAACCAGUGUAAUGACCCUAAAAGCGAAGAAAAAGAAGGAAAAAAAAAAAAAAAAAUUGCCAAGUAUAAUUAUAAAAUAAAGAAAUAAAAAAACCCAACUAAAAGUUUCAUGGAAUACACUUUUACACACUUUAUUUCAGGUUCCACCGAAAAUAAUAUCCACAAAAUGAAUGAAACACCAUAAGGUAAUUCAAUAACGCCAGUUGAAAGAUGGCGGAACACAUAAAAAUAUUAUAACUGGCCAACCAAUAACAUUUUAAAAUUAUAAUUAAUCAACCAAUAAAAAUUUAAUUGAAACAUGUCAUCAUCAUAUUAAUGAAAGUGUAAAUUUAUUAACAAAAAAAUAAGGGGAGUGAAUCCAAAACAGCAACUUAACAAAACACGCAAAUGACGUCAGGGUGCUAUCUCUCCAAAUUAGCCAAAUAGUCUAUGAUUUUCUUCCUUUUAAAUGGAGGGGGCGAGUGGGUAAUGUCAGUGUAAAAAAUAUACUGACAGCGUAAAAAACAUGUGAAAGAUGUCAUGGCGCAUUCUCUUAAUGCUGCAUAAUAAUAAUAUAUGGUCAAUGCAGUUAUUUUGGGUUAUGGUUAAAACAGUAUGCUGACCCCUGUGCUACACUUAUUAAAUGAACACAGGGUAGAUUGCAUUACGCGGUAUAUAAUAUAGUCGCUAGUAAAUAGUAAUAAAUGAAGAGGUGAUUUUCAAAAUGCUGUUUCUCCAUUUUUGGCGUUUUGAGAUAUUCGACUUUUUCUGGAUCAAAUUUUCGGAAAAGUAAUUGUUAAUUUAGGUAUAUAUUCAAAAUAUAAGUUAGAUUAUGAUGAAAAUUGAAAUGUAGGUUAAUUAAUAUGUAUUUAUUUACUUAGGUCAAUUUCCUAUUUCGUUUCAAAAUGCUGUGUAUCCAAAAUUCAAACCGCGUUUUGAAAAUAAAAUCAUUUUUAGACAUAGAAUAAUAUAGGAUUAAAAUGUGUUUUGUAGAUGAAUUUUAACAUGUCCUAAAGGAACCUGGUUUGCUCUACAAGACUGCACAUUUAUCUCAUUUUUUUCUAAAUGGCGGAUACUGCGUUUUGAUAAUCGACUCUUCAAAUAUUGUUAAAGGUUCUCCAGUGUAAGCUUUGGUAUUUAAAAUAAAAAACUUUUAAAGAAAAGGUGCUUUGUUAGUUCUACAUAUUGAUACUCUUUCAAUUUCCAUGAAUACAAAGAUAGUUUAAAAAAGAUCUGUUUUUUUGUUUUCGUUGGGAUAACCCAUAAUAUGUUUCAGUCUGAUCAUGCUGCAUGGAGGACUUUUUAAAGUCACUGAGCUGAGUAUAGACAGUGUCUACUAACAUGAUAGUAAAUAAUAGCUGGGGAAAUCGCAACCACGUUGAGUGUUUAAAAUAUGGGAAGAGGUGCAUAAUCUAUAUUAAUAUUUCCAGAUGGCACUUUAUAUAUCCACUAAUGCCUUCACUCUGUGUAUUCUUUUAUAAGCAUUUGGUGUCUUUGACAGAAGCAUCAAAUGAGAGCACAUCAUGGUGUGCAGUCGGGGUAGAUAAUAUCCAGGCAUAAAUUAUAUUAUAAGAUAGACCCAUUGAUAUAAUAACACGGAGCUGGGUCUAUAAAAAGGGAGUGUUAUAAAAGCUAUAGGCCUAAUUGAUAUAUAUUAUAGUCAAGGUGUUCAAGAGUUGUUCCAUACAGUUUUAUGAAAUAUGUUUCUGACUAUUGACAGUGUUAGACUUUGUGUGGCUGUGUAUAUGAGGCAUAUAAUAAAAUAUAAUAAAAUUUCAAGUACUCUAGACUAGAUUAGUGAGUCUAAACUGCUGAAUACUGAAACAUUCAUUCUAAUCAUUAGUCAUACCCGUACACUCUUAAAAGCCAAAAGGCCUAUAUGGGGGCCAUCCAUAAACAACUUCACAUUCCCGGGGUUUUGGGGGGGGGUGGGGGGGGUGGGGGGUGUAUGUAUUUGUAACAAGGGGGUCUGUUUGUAUGAUGGGAGGAUGGUAAAAUAUUUGCCAAUAUACAUAAUUUUUGAUGGCCCCCUGAAUAUAUUACAAUUCUAUUUAUAAGUUAAGGCAUACUUAACCUAUAUGGGGGCCAUCCAUAAACAACUUCACAUUCCCGGGGUUUUGGGGGGGGGUGGGGGGGGUGGGGGGUGUAUGUAUUUGUAACAAGGGUGUCUGUUUGUAUGAUGGGAGGAUGGUAAAAUAUUUGCCAAUAUACAUAAUUUUUGAUGGCCCCCUGAAUAUAUUACAAUUCUAUUUAUAAGUUAAGGCAUACUUAAGAAUAUUAAAAUCAUUUCAGAAAUACAUGCAUGGGUAGGUAUGUAGAUGCCAUGCUCUUUAAUGAAGAUUGAGAACAUCCUUGAGUCUAAAUCUGUAUUAAUUAUAUUCAUUUAAAGGUCAAAGGUUUGAGGGAUGGGCUAUGAGAUAGGGAGGUUUGAAGGGGAAGUUGAUGAGGAGCUCAUUUGUCCCAUUUGCAGCUGUGUCCUAGAAGAGCCACUGCAAGUGAGUAUCCUAUGAUCAUUUUAUGUAACAAAAAUUCAUUAUUUAAUAAUUAUCCCUGAUAUUUUAAGGCAUUUUGAUCUAAAUACUCUUGCUUUGAAUAUUUUUUGAAAGACAGACAAUGUCUUUUGUGUGUUGAAGACAUUUUUUUUUUUAUUCAAGGCCCCACAAUGUGAACAUGCAUUUUGUGCUGCAUGUAUUCACGAGUGGCUCACUCGGCAACCUACUUGCCCAGUUGAUCGCAGUGCCAUUACACCAAAUCAGUUGAAAAGUGUCCCUAGAAUCCUAAGGAACCUACUGUCAAGAUUAACCAUUUCCUGUGAUAACAAGGUAAUCUCUUAUGUCACAAAACAUUAAAUAUUUUAUGAGUACAUGGAAACUGAAAUUUGAAAUUUGUCCUUAAAAAAAACACCCCAAAAAAGCAUACAAUUAAAAUGUAUCCUCAGUUCAUUGAAAUAAGUAAAUUUCUGUUUAAAAAAACAUGUACAUGAUGGUAAAAAUUUAGCAGACUUUAAGUUAUAAUGAAUAAUAGUUAGGGGUGUGCCGGACUCCGGUCCGGAAUCCGGUUCCGCCGGAUUUUGCACUAUCCGGUGAAAUCCGGUUCCGCCGGAUUUACAUGUAUCCGGAACAACCGGAAUCCGGAAUAUACCGGAUUUCGGAAUUUGCCAGAUUUUGUGACUCACCGGAUCAUAAUCUGAAAUAAAAGUAAUUCUCUUUCCCGAAUUCCACACGAUCACGAUACAUUAAUCGAUUGUUUCGAGCGUUGAGCUUGUUUAAUGUUUAAUAUUCCGUACAUACCAGAGGCUAGAGUCAGCACCGCUAAUAGUGGCCAAUAGUGUAGGGACUUUGAUAAGAAAAUUUAAACUUUUUGUAAAAAUAAACCAAUGGCAUAGUUGAAAAGAUGUAAUUUUUUAAAGAAUUAUAACACCAAAAUCAUAUUUUUAGCUGUUGUAGUUUUAAAGUUAUGAAUUUUUAAAGUACGACUUGGUUUGUCAUUUUUUAACAUGGACUGCAUCUCCACAUUCUGUGAUCUCAUUCCGCCAAUCCCGUCAUGCGCAAUGACUAUAUAGUUUAUAUAAGGCAACGCAUUCCCUGCCUUAUCACUAAAAUACUGUUUAGACUUAGUUUAAACUUUCAACUUUGGCACAUGAAUAAUUAAUUAAAGCUUUCCCUGACCAAUGGUUUAAUAGUUUUUGCACACGGCAAACUCUUAUGAAUGAAACUCUGAGGUAGUACUACGAUACAGUUAUGCAAGUGGCUGUGAAUGGUUGCCAAUGACAACGUGUUGCACACGGUAAAUUCUGAUCAUUUAUAAUAUGGAUUCUACCGGGUUGUUAAAGCUCAAAUUAAAACAUUCCAGUUUAAAUGUCUUUAAAUGCAUUCUGAAACACAAGUUAUCAAUUAUUUUGAUGUAAAUAGUGAUAAUAAAUUAAUAUUUCCUAAGUAUCGUCAACUUCCGCCAUUAAAAAGGGGGGCGUGGCCAACCCCAUGGCGAAAUUAGGUUGAGCGAGCUGCAUAACCUGCUGCGAACGCGUAGAAACAUGGCGUCUCUCGUAAGACACUUAUCCAAAUGGAACGGAACUCAAAUAUAUAUCGAAAGUACUAAUUUAAUAAUAAAUAGACACACACAUCGGAAAAUUAAAAACUCGGAUUUUUUGGCGCCGAUUGCGAAUUCCCAUACACAAAAAGUAGUAGUCCACCUUGACUUACCGAAGUAUCUACCAAUAGUACCAAAAUCCGGAAUCCGGGAGAAACCGGAAUCCGGAUCCGGCGGAUUUCGCAUAAGAAAAUCCGGAUCCGGAUCCGGUUGGAAAAAACGGAUCCGGCACACCCCUAAUAAUAGUGUUCUACAAAAAUACUCUUUCACAUCGUUCUUGGUGGUUCAUCAUCAUUACAUUGUGAUUAAAUGACAAAUUUUAUCUUCUUUACAGUCCUUUGGCUGCACCAGUGUAAUGAAGCUGGAUGCUCUUCCUUCACAUCUUCAAGAUUGUGAAUUUAAUCCUAAAAAGCCAGUGCAGUGUGACAAAGGUUGUGGUCUUGUUGUUCCUAAAGAUGAAAUAAAGGUUUGUUUAUAGUUAGUUUGUUCCAAACUAGUAUGCAUAAUUAAUUCAGAGCACUCUGCAGUUUUAACAGAGCAAGAAAAUUCAGGCUGUCUCGUUGGUUUUUGAAAAAUAAUUAAUCUCGGACGUGCAAAAUGACCCCUUAAAAAUUGACAUGCGAUUGAUAUGUUGACUGCUUCUGUAUUGAAUAGUUUUGGCUUUGAGAAUGUUAAGAAUUGUUUUACGUGUCUAAGUUGUCUGGGGUAUGACAUUUGAAACACACUAUACACCAGUACACAAACACUUGACUCAAAGUUCUUUGCAGUUAUUAGUUAUAAACAUUUUUUCCACUACACUCUAAUCCAACACGUUAUCUCAAUAGUAAUGUGGGUUCUGGUAAAAAGCUUAGCCAAAGAAGCACAUGAUCUAAAGGGAUCUCUGGCAACAAUAAUAACAUAAACUGAUACUGCAGCAUCCGACUUACUCAGCUCCCCUCCUGCUCUACUGCCCACCUGCACAGUACUACCCCCUUUAGUAUCCCUUCUUUAUAUAGUAUUCCUACGCUUAUAGUCCGAUCCGCAUUCAGGCACAAUAACUAUUCUCAUUUAUAACAAAUGGACCCUACCACAAAAACAGCCUCUCAGGGAUUCCUUGACAGAGACCAUGAGUUUUAAUUGUUGAAUUCUCAGUAAAUACUCAGCAUCAAAGCCCAAAAUAGAUUUACAUACAAUAGAAACUAAACAAUUUUUUUUCUCUUGCCAUGAAUUGUUUUAGUUUAUUUUAAAGGGAACAAUGCAUAUUUGUAUAGUGCUGAAUGAUUUUUUUUCUCUCACUGGAAGGGGCAUGAUUGUUUGCCAGUAAUGGGUUGGACCAUAUGGAUAUAUAUGGGUAAGAUCAUAUACCUCAGAGACAUCACCUUAAGUUAAAAUAUAGAAUAAAAAAAAUAAAUUUUGGUUUUUGCCAAGGAUCAUAAUUGUGUACGGGAACUUCGCAACAUGAUGUCACAAAUGCAGCAAAAGUUGACAGACUUACAGACGGAGAGUAUGGAACAAAAAUUACAGCUAAGGGAACAGAAACGGGAAAUACAGAGUUUAACAGUAUGUGGAUUUAUUGCUAUAGUUAUUUUUACAUUUUGAUAGUUUUGAGGGAUGGGAAUGGGUUGAAAUAAAAUGUUUUUACCAGCAAUUUACUGCCAUGACAUUAUGAUUCCAAUGUGUUUUACAUAUCAUUUUAAAAUAAAGUUAUAUUAUAUCACUGAUCUCUUCUUCUCAUAGUAAACUUACUUAAAAUGAAAGCUUUGACACUUUGAAUAGUGAAAAUUCUGAUCUUAAGACUUUCGCUUUUUUAAAUUACAGGAUUCCUUGCGUGCUGUGAGAAUUAUGAACCCAAGGAUUAGAGAUAUCCAGACCACCAUGGAAAAUGAAGAUUUGACGAGGUGAGUCAGUAAAGACAUUAUGUUGAACAUCUUACAAGCUGAGUCAGCGGGGUCUAAGGUAAAACAGAAUGCUCUGUCAUUUAAUUGUCUCCCUGUUUAAAGACAUGUAUUUUAUUUAAGGCAGUUAAAAUGUGAGGGAAAAAAAAGUUAUAUUAGCUAAUGAGAUUAUGAGAAAUACAUUUUUUUAUCUUAACCCAUUCAAUAGGACACAUUUUUUUCAGUGGAAUGUAGUAAAAUUAAGGGACUAAAAUUCCAUUCGACCUGAUGAUUUGUAAUGAAAAUCCCUGCUUUCUGUUUAUCAAACCUUUUUUAUGUAGCAUAUCAGAAUCUAGCUAAUUAAACAAGGAAAAUGUUUUUCUUAAUAAAAUAGUGAUACAAAUUAUAUCGAGAAAAACUGAAGGGGUAAUAUGACAGUGUUAUGUAAAGGUAACAAUAAAAUUCAAUUUUGUCCUUGCCUUUGGAUGAUUCAUUGCCAUAGUGUAGCAUAAAGUGAUAUAUAUAUCCUGAAACCUCUGUCUGUUAAAUACAUGCAUGGUGUAUCCAAGGGAUAUAGGUUUCAGAAAAUAUAGACCAAUAAUCCACAAGAGCUGGCCUUUUUAUACAUGCCCAUAUAAAUCAAAACGGCUGUGAACAUGUCUAGUUUAGUCUAGAAAUGUCCUUCCAUCUUCUAAAGAGCGUCUGAGUGCAGGUGUGUUAACUUGUACUUUUCUUUUGCUAUAAGCAUUUACUGACUUAACAAUGUAAUCCUUUACAUUAUCAUCACGUAAUGCAUUGAAGAAAUCAAUAGAAGUUGGGUUUUCAAUAUAGGCAUAAUUUUGUGGCUGGAAGAAUAUAUUCCGAUUAUUCCUCAUCACUCCUAUCAAAUUGCAAUCUUUUAUAAUUGGCUUGCUUCUUCGACAGUCAUACAUCAAAGUCUUGAGCAAGCAGACCUAAUAUUAGUACCAGUACAACUUGUUGAAGCCAUUACAAUUAUUUGUUUACAAUUUUUAAAACGUCAAAACACAAAAAUACGCUAAACGUGGUACAAUCCGCCAGAAAUUUCAAACAAAUGAAAUUAAAAGUCUUCUGAAUAAAAGUUUAAAAAGCUAUAAAUAAAUAGUUGACUUUAAAAGUCGAAACACUAAAGGCAUGAAACAAACCAGUGAUGAUGCAGUCUGCGGCUAAACAUAGUCUGUCGAAAUCAGUGUGAAAAAAUACAAUAUUUUUAUUGGUUUCAAUUUAAGGUCCUUCCAAUUUAGAAAAAAAAUAUGUAGAUUCUGCCAAAUAAAAUUGAAUUGAAAAUGUAUAAAUAUUAAUUAUAUACAAUAAUUUACUUAGAUCAUUAAUUUUUAAAAAAAAUGAGAUGACUAUAGGUUGAUAAAUUAAAUCUUAAAAGUAAAAGUGUUAGAAAUUAGUGGAGACAAUAUUGUUUAUUUGUUAGUAUGUUACCUUAAAUGCCAGCCUGUUCUAUGAUUAGAAGUAAUGUUCACAUUCUGGCGAAAUUAUUCAUGUAUUUUCAUAUCAAUGAUUGCUAAAAGAUAACCAUUUUUUAAGUAAUAAUAAAAAUAUAAAAAAAACACCAUAUCGUGGCAUGCUGUAAAAAAUGCACAACUCUUAUAGAUAUCUUGUAUAGACUUAAAUAAACACACCCAAUAGUGUUAAUUUCAUAAAAUAAACUUAAAUUUGUGCUAAAACACAUUUAUACAGACCUUCUGGCCUGAUGGGCUUAAGGAUUUUAUUUUAUUCAUUAUGCGAUAAAUUUAUUAUUCAUUGUAACUGACCAUGGUAUUUUCUUCCUGCCUGAAAGGUGGGUAGGCAGCCUUCAAGCUGCGCGUGUGACCAGAUGGGGUGGAAUGAUAUCCACACCCGAUGCUGUCCUGCAAGCUGUGAUAAAACGGGCACUCAUGGAGAGUGGUAGCCCAUCCCAUGUCGUGACCGAGUUAAUGGAGAAUGCACAUGAGCGCCGCUGGCCCAGUGGACUUAGCACGUUAGAAACAAGGCAGCUCAACCGUAGACAAUAUGAAAAUUACGUCACAAAAAGGAUUCCAGGUAAAAUUUUGUAUAACAAUUAGUUUUCCAAAUGAAGUAGAUUGCACACUAGCAAGUUCGAGUAUAGUUGUAUGCCUUAACAGUUUCCACUGGAAGCUUUCAAGAUGGGUAACUCAUUUCUUGGCUGGGUAACUCAUCAAAAUAAUUGAGUCAGAGGACUUUGGUGGGGUCAAGACAUCUUUGAACCAAUCACCAAUGUCUUAGGAGUUAGAAGUAGGAAAUGAGAAUUUUAAGAUUUCUAUUGUAAAAAUCAUCGUGACAAGAAUAUUUCUGUGGUGACAGUCAACUGUUUUUUUACCUCCAUGUUGUGUCUUCUGUGUUUAGGGAAACAGGCGGUUGUCGUGAUGUACUGUGAGAACCAGCACAUGCCUGAGGAUCUAAUCAUAGAACCUGGCCUGGUCAUGAUAUUUGCUCAUGGUGUCGAGUAGAAGUUCAAGUUUCAGGUCAGUGAAGUUAUGAUCUAGUUGAUAUAGUGAUGGACACCAGGAUGGAAGAAGUUGAACCAUUCAGUUAGCAGGAUGGAAGAAGUUGAACCAUUCAGUUAGCAGGAUGGAAGAAGUUGAACCAUUCAGUUAGCAAGAUGGAAGAAGUUGACCCAUUCGGUUAAUCUUUCAAGAACACAACCUUCCCGUCACUAUUUCUAUCAAAACCCACGAGCACUAUUUUAAUGAGUUCUACUAACUCACUUAAAACUUAAGAUUUAAGGUAUCCUCCUAAAUUUGAUAUAAAUAGAGUGGUGAUCUCCAAGUGUGUCUACAGCGAGGUCUUGGUAUUGUGCUGAAAUCUGGGGGGGGCGACAGAAAAAACCCAACACCUCUUAAUUUUGUAGCUGUGUGUCCUAAUAAAGCAAAAUUAAAUAGUUACCUUAUGCAACUUAAUUGAACCAUUGGAGGUAAAUAUAAUACAGACACAGAUAUAUCAUGAAUUUUUUAAAACCAUGCAACAGCUUUAACGGUAAUGUAAAGUAAGAUCUUAGGAUAUCUGUUAAAGUCUAACAUAACAUGUGAGACAUCAUACCAUUACAGACUCAGAAUUGCUAAUUUGAAGACUGGAACCACAAAUGAUAAUGGAGCGCUAUAGCUAUCUGAAAGAGAUGUUAGAAAAUAAGCUCCAAUGUUCACAUGAUGUAAAUGAUUAGCUCUUGUAUAAAUGUCAUUAAAUUCUAAUAUUCUUGUUGAAAUUUUUGAAGAAAAAAAUUCAUCAUGUACAUUUGAUCUGUAUCAUGGGACAUUUUAGCACAUUUUCAAGAGGUCCACCAUCUCAUUCUUGGUCCACUAACUCCUCCUUCGUCCACUAUCUCUUUCUUAUUUCAGUUAAGUAUGCUAAUGCUUUGUUGCUGUAUCAUUUUAAAAUAUAAUACACUUCUUUUAUUGUUGCAGGAAACCCUAUAAACUAGUCAUCAAAUGAAGUUGUUGAGCAUUGAAAGCAAUGAACUGCUGACUCUACUGAAGGAAUCCAGACACGACCAAUGUUGUGAACGUUUUAAUUUAAAUAUAAUUACAACCAUACAUAACAGCUGCAAGGUGCGGGAGCUUAAGAGUUAGCUCCAGCACAUGUGCCUCCAUAGCUUGACAAUUCAACACCUCACAUGUACGUGUGCUUUACAGCUUCACGGUUCAACACAUGACAUACACACGGGCUAUGCAGCUUGACAGUUCAACACCGCCAAUGUACAUUUACAAACAGCUUGUCCGUUCAACUCCUUAAACGUUUCAAUGCCCGUGCGGUAUGGUUGUUUCUUUACAUACAGGAUCAGUGCACAUAGGACAUUCCUCAGCACACCCCACAUGUAAGCAGUACAGUUUCAUGUAAGCUGUAGGCAAGAGCUUACACGGGUUCUUAAGGAAUGUGCUUUGGGGGGUAACUUCACUCAUGACCGGAUAUUGUGUGCUGAUUCACCUGUGUCGCUGGAACACUAGGCGUUACACAUCUGCUGUACUCCAGGACACACAACACAUAUCGUAGCUACACACUACAAACACACAGUAGCUGCACACAUUUAUUAAGACAUAUCACUUGCAUACAUGUUCAAGCUGUGCUUUGCCUGACCUAGUUUUCAAUGUGGAUGCUCAAACUGUGGCUCAGUAACACCCUGGUUGUUCAUUUUCAUAUGUUAAUAAAUAUGACAAGAGCACAACUGAGAACAAAAUCUCUCCUGUUUCUGAGUUGGUGUAGGUGAAUCUCAGGCCCAGUUUAUCAACAAAAUAAUACCUUACUUAAUUUAUACUUUGUCUUAAUCAAUGGAAAACUUUUUCUGUCUGGUACUAGUACUAUUUAUAUUUAUUUUUGUGUAUAAUUUGAAGAUUUUUAAAAGUAUUAAGUUAUUGAAGCUACUUUUAAAAUAAAUAAUUAUUUUCGCAUCAUUUAUUUUCAUAAAAUGUAAUAAGAAUAGGUAUAUGGGUCCAGUCUGUCCCACUUUCUAUUUAAUCCACCCUGUAAUAAGUAGAAAACACUUUUUCUUUUACCUUUCUCACUCUAGUUCUUGGAAAGAUUUAAAAAUGUUUAAAAAAAAAAAUUAAUGGUUAAUUUUUAGACAUUUUUAUUUUAAUGCUGGGGUUUUCUCAAGUAGGAUAUGCUUCACAAUUGAAAUAAUGGAUUCUGGGCAGGGGUGCGGUGCCACUUUUCCAGAUUAUCCUAGAAUUCCGGAGUCGUGAGGCUAAAUAUUUUUCAGCUGCGGAUUCGCAAGUUUGCCAGUUCGGUUAAUUUUUUAGAUAUGGAUUCUGGGUUUAAAAAAAAAUAAAUCAAUGUGUAAUAACGCAUGAAAGCAACAAGAGCGGCUUUGCUAUAAAUAGAACGGGUGAAUUUUUUGAAUUUUAUUAAGUUUCAGGGUUUGAAAAAUUUGUAAAUUAAGUUUCAGGUUUCAAGAAAUUUUUUAAAAGGGAUUUCAGGGUUCACAGCUUUCAGUGAGUGGCACCCCUGAUUCUAGGGUCUUCUCAAGUGACAUAUGCUUCACCAUUGAAAUAAUGGAUUCUGUUGUCUUCUCAAGUGACAUAUGCUUCACAAUUGUAAUAAUGGAUUCUGUCUCCUUCACUAAUAUUACAGGGUUCUUCAAUGUCACUAACUAAUAAUUUUCAUCAAUUAUUUAAUGAUCAUGAUUUUAUGAGGAAAUUUGAGUGGAAUUCUGAGGACCAUGAAAAAUGUAUCUUUGAUGUUAAUCUAGAUAAGAUUAAAAGCAAGAUAAGUUGAAACUGAUAAUGGUUUACAAUUUUUUUUCUAUGUUGCUCACAAUUUAUCUACAGAAUAUAAUUUCAGGAUUGAAUUUGUGCCAUAUUAUAAGCUAUGACAUAUCAAUGAUUCUUAGAUUUAGAAAUUGGUUACUGACCUGGAAGAAGCUUUUUUUCAAGAAUUUCAAGUUCUGUAACUCUAAAUCGCUGCGUUUUUUGUUUUUAUUACCCGGCCCUGCAUUUUUCAACUAUAAUCCUGUACCGGUAAUCAAAACUUGCUGCCACCAUUCAACGCACUGGUCAUCUGGUGUAUCUAGUCUAUCACAAACACUUCUAUUACGGCUAGAUUCCAUCUCAUUAUGUUAUCUCUGGAGCCUUUUCUCACAAGGUGUUUGUUAUGUUGCUGAUGGCUCAAGUUAAUGUCAUCUCAGUCAUUGUGUCUAUGUCAUGCAAAAUUUUCAUCAUUUGAAUCAUCCAUUUUAAAAAAAAUGAAUUACUGGUUGAAAGGUGAACUCUAUUAAAAGACUGACAGGAGGAAAGCUGUUCAUUGAGGGACCCCUGCUGGUUUUUUUUACUUGCUGUGGUGAACAAUGUUCCAUUUAGGUGCUCACAUUUGUCAAGCUGUGUGAAAAAAUUAAGGUCUCUUGCUUCACAUUAAUCAUUGUGUCCUAAUUUUGUGACCAGAAAAGUUGAUUGCUUUAAAAAACCGUAAUAAGGAAAUGGUGAUAUUUCCAAAAGACUUGUCUUUAAAGCUCAACAUUUUUACACUUGAUAAUUUUUAUCUUUACUAUAAAAUGGUUUAAAUUUUGAACUGUAAAUUGAAAUUGCUAGAACCUUUUGUAUUUAUUUUUUUAAAAUCAAAAGAUGCAACAUUAUUUUUAUUAGUUGGAAGCAAUGACUUGAUUAGUCAUGCUGCUGCUAAAUAUUACUUUAUUUCUCUUUUAUGCUAUCAUUUUUAUAGAUACAAUUUUAAGCACAUUUUCAAAAGAUUUAAUUUGGGGUUGUGCACAAGUUUGCUGAAAUUCAGUGAAAUCUUUACAGUUGAAAUGAAAAUGUCUCUGCUGGUACUUAAAAUAAAAAAAAAAAAUACAUGAACCGAUGGUGUAUUAAACAGGGAGUGAACUCAGUACAUAACCAGCUGAUUUUCCUCCCUUUGACCAACAAUGUGUUUUACUGGUCAUUGAAAAAAAUGUAAGUGAACUGGACUUAAAAUCCAGCACUUGACUUACCCAAGAUGUAGAGGGGAACCUUCAGGAUCUUGUAGGUUCAUAUCAGCACUUGACUUACCCUGAGGUAUAGAGUAAUAGAAGGCCUCCAGGAUCUUGUAGGGAAUCUCUUAAUGACUCGGGCUCUUUAUUUCAGUGAGCACAACUCUGAGAAGCCAGGUGUGUUUACCAGGGUUCACUCAUCAUUGCCUCUGUUGCUUGGUCAACUCAUGUAACUGGUGCACUUGACAUGUCAUUGGUCUCACUGUACACCACAGUCACUCGGGCAGGGGUGAGAUUGCUUACGGUAGCUAAAUCACUGUGAACAAUAAAUAGGUUGUGCUCUACAGUUGUUAAAUUUUCUGCUCAACAGGGUUUUUUUUGCUUUUGUUGGACAGAUUUUGUAUGUUUACUCAUGCAGUCAGUUCUUUCCCUUGAUCUGAUCUCUUUUUUUUGUUUUGUUUUUGUUACGGGGACUUUUUAUUAAAGUUUUGACUUAUUUUAUUUUAUGAUUGCUUGGAUUUUGUCCAACAACUGAUUUCUGCAGUCUCUCCUCCCCCACUCACUUUUAUAUUAAACAUAUUUUAUUAUUAUUGCCAGAUUUUUUUAUAGUUAAGAUGAAAUAGGCCAGCUUGGAUAAAUUUUUUUUGGAGCAUACAGUUGCAAGCCAAAACCGCCUUACCGUACCAAAUAACUAAGUCAUGUUAAUGAUUAAUGCAACAUUGGUUUAAUUUUACUGGCAAUUGGGUGAUUAAAUCAAUGGGUGGUCAUUGUCAUAACUUUUUAUUUUUGUUUGGUUCAUGCUUGGACCUCUUAAGGUUAUUUUAAAAAUAUUUUCUGUGUGUAGCCUGAGUGAAAAUGUUGCAAACCUUGUCUUACUUAAAUGGUUACUGUCAAAUGACAAUUUAUUUCACCUGGAGGAUUUUGUAAAUCGUUCUUUAAAAUAAGGCAUCAGAUGAUGUCAUGAGUUUGUUUUUUUAGGCACACGGACCUCAUGACUUCUUACCUUGAACCCCCCGAGUCCUGGUCCAUGUUACAAACUUGAGACUAAAAGAUGUGUUUGACCAGCUACUAUGGACUUAUGAACGCAGUGUGGGAAAAAAAAUUCAGUCUUUAAUUAUUGGUCAUUAUCAGAACGUUUGGACUGCGAUAAAUCUUUAAAUAGAUUUGUGAAACACACAAAAUUUGUGUAAAUCAAACAAUGUAGGUUAAGCUUAACGGAAUACAAACGCUUCGGGAAAUGCCUUCAUCAAAACCGGGUAGGACAAAAAAAACAUUCAUAUGUAUAAGUAUAGGUUAAAUUUACAAAUACGUAAUAUUUAUAUCAUAUAUAAUAUAUAUGUAUCCCACUUAAAACAC